UUAGCUAAUUUCUUCGUGCCCCGAUGGUUGUGAAUCAUGGUUCCACGCCUGCGUGGGGUUAAGGGGAAUGCUCCUGCAUCACUAUGGUAUCUCCCAACACGUAUUUAAUGCCGGCUAGCCAACUCUUGUAGGGAGCACAAUUGGGUUAGAGGAACAAACAAGGAGGAGGGCUGGACUGAUCGAGAGAAGGAGAGAACGGGUUUAGGGUUCCGACGGCCAUGACCCCUCCGGAGGACAACGCCGGCGAGGCGGCGGCGGCCGAAGACGCGUCGUCUCAACCUGAGAUGGCUCGCGCCCCCUCGCCAGAGAUGGCCGCCGGCUGCGGCGGCGACGGACGCCCUGUAUCGACUGUCCUCAUCAUCAUAGCGAUGCAGACGGAGGCGCUCCCCCUCGUCAACAAGUUCCAGCUCUCUGAGGACACCGAUGGGUCCCUGUUUCCUAAGGGUGUUCCAUGGGUCAGAUAUCAUGGUAGAUACAAAGAAUUGGAUAUAAAUUUAGUCUGGCCAGGGAAAGAUUUGGUUCUGGGAGUUGAUAGUGUAGGCACAAUAUCAGCGUCUCUUGUCACAUAUGCUUCUAUCCAAGCAUUGAAGCCAGACCUUAUCAUCAAUGCAGGCACUGCUGGUGGCUUUAAGGCAAAAGGAGCAUGUGUUGGGGAUGUUUAUCUCGCAUCUGAUGUUGCUUUUCAUGACAGAAGGAUACCAAUCCCUGUUUUUGAUAUGUAUGGGAUUGGAGCUCGGCGAACCUUCUCCACUCCUAAUCUUCUAAAAGAACUUAACUUGAAGGUGGGAAAGUUGUCUACUGGUGACUCCUUGGAUAUGUUGCCACAGGAUGAAGCAUCAAUUCAGGCAAAUGAUGCUACAAUUAAAGAUAUGGAGGGAGCAGCAGUGGCUUAUGUAGCUGACUUACUGUCGGUCCCAGCAAUCUUUGUUAAAGCUGUGACAGACAUUGUUGAUGGAGAGAAGCCCACUUCAGAGGAGUUCUUACAAAACUUGAUUGCAGUAACUGCAGCACUGGACCAGGCUGUUAGCCAGGUGAUUGAUUUUUUAAGUGGUAAAUGCCUCACUGAGCUUUGAAGGCUAUACAUUGGUCAUUUAUAAAUUGAUCACCACCCUCCAGUAAUUUUGAGGGUUGGUGAUCCUGAUGCUGUUUGGCUGAAGUGCUAUAUUUCACAUAUAUUGGUGAAUGAUUAGCCCAUUGGAGCUGCUACGAGUUAAUGAGCUUAUGAUGAGGGCUGUCAAAUAGCUACUUUUUCACAAAGCCCCAAGCAGUUUUCUUGUAUGAAAUCCUCAUUGAUAGCAUUUAAAAAUAGGACAAUCUGCUGUAUGACGAUUGUGUACCUACAUAAGAUACUAUUUAUAUGCAUCGAAGCUUUUGUUAAAUGCUGCUUUUGAGAACAGAUAGCUGGGAAAAGGCUAGAUAAUUAUGAUUAUGACUCCUGUCCAGAGUUUUUGUUUUGUCCGUGGGGGCAGAACUUGGUCCUAAGCUGAUUUCCAGUCCCACCUAAGGUCAUUUUUUGUCGUCGAUGGGAGAUACUCACGACUAUUUGAUCUUGUUUUGUUGGAUGAUCAUGUCGUCUUGUCAUCUAUGCCACUUAAUGAAGCAGCUUAAGAUUGUUCUUUU